AUGGACGCGCUUCCCACAGAGCUUCUAACCAUAGUCCUCCAUCAUCUCUAUGACGAAAACCAGGCCCCAAAUGCUGUCAAGGAUUUACCGGAUGGAUGGGAGUCCGGAAGUCUCGCAACAUAUACAGUUGUUUCACGCAGAUGGCAAGCAAUUCUCGAGCCGAUGAUAUGGAAGCAGAUUGUCAUACUCAAGCCGGACGCCCUGGAAAGGCUAGAGGAAUACACUUCUGACAAGCCACAUCGGAUCGCGAGAAUUAAAUGGGUGAGACGGAUUCUCUGGGAGCCAUAUGUCAAUUUUGCGCUCGCAGAGAGGCUUCGCGAAGGGAUGAAAGACUAUCCCAAGGCGCUGGCUUGUGUUCUCCCUUACCAAUAUCCCAGUUUAUAUCGUCAGGCAUUCGCGGGUAUCUUCCGCAUCUUAGGCCGAUGGGAGUCAGAAUGCGACGAUUCGAUGGUUGAGCUAUUUCUUACUGUGGAGCAUUUGGAAUGUCCUCCGAAGUUGUCCCUAUCAGAAUGGAAUUGGGAUGUUGAGGACGCCACUGUUGAAGAACUUUGGCGGAUGGACUUGAUAGUCCACCUAGUGCAUCUCACGACACAAGACGCUUCAGCAUAUCCUAUACUACGCAACGUCAGAUCACUCAGUCUUGAACCUUGCAUGACCAACAUGCGGCCUUCGGCAUUCUUUCAGCUUCUGAGCCGAUUACCCAACGUUCGCCAUGUUUCAGCCGGAGAAAGUGUCUUCAUACUACCAUUUGCACUCCGUGCCCUCCGUGCGGAAAGACGACUGCCGCUUUCCGUCGAGGAGUUCGAAUAUGAGAUUGCACCGGAACGCGAAAUGUCAUGGACGCCAGUCCAGGAUGCAGCCAAUUAUCUGUCGGUCAGGGGGCUGGAUAAACUCUCCAUUGCGUUUCGAACACUCUCCAUGCGACUGAGAGUUCUUCGUCUGAACAAUGUUCGGGUCAACAGUGAACUAUUUUGGGCAUCACCCGAGGAAGAUAGUGUCAUCUCUGAUACACUCCACUGGCCGGUGCUGGAGGUCAUUGAAAUAACCGACACGCCCCCAUAUACAGCAGACGGGAAAUGGAUUCUCGAUAAUGAUCCCGACAAAAAGGCAUUUAUGGAAAUGGAAGAUUUUGACAGUGGAUGGGAUUACGAAGAAAUGGGUUUUAACACACGAGGACUGAUUAGAAGUGACGAAGUUGACAAGCUCUACUCAGCAAUGGGCAAGGCUGCGCGGAGAAUGCCACGGCUGAGAUAUCUUGAGUUCAGGUUCCGUGGUGAAACACCAACACAAGAAGACUGGGAAUGCUUGAUAUUCUUCCAACAUUCAGAGACAGGAGAGGCUGGUUUAGCGAUCUGCACUGAGUGGAAAUAUAACCUCGGAGAAGAGGUCAUCGCGGCAUGGGGCCUGGAGGGUGAAAAGGCCAAAGAAUUCCGGACAUAUUGGACAAUCCAACUCGAUCACUGGCCUUCGGUAGAAACUGGCAUUAGGAGGAAGGAGAUCUAG